CCCGGGGCUCCGCGCGCGCGGAAUGGCGGCGGCGGCCGUUUGAAGCCAACGGCCGCGGGAGGGGCGCGAGCCGCUCUAAAGCUGCACGAUACAUUCAGGGAUUUCAGAAUUUGCCAGCUUUCUUGAUAAGAUCUGCAUUAGGAAAGCCAGCUUUAGACUUUGCUUGGGUAUGGUAAAGCUCUUUUUGCUGUCCCACACCUGUGUCGUGAGCGAGGGCUCCCAGUGCUGGGAUCACUAAAUACAGCUGGGGAGGAAUCAUCAAGACCUGCUAGUGGUUGCCACAAACUGCGAAGACUAUGUGGUCUGUUGUGGACAAAUUACCAACAGGUUUCCUGGUCCACUGAUACAUUUCAAAAUGCCGCUGGUAAAAAGAAACAUAGACCCCAGGCAUCUGUGCCACACAGCUCUGCCCCGAGGUAUCAAGAAUGAGCUGGAAUGUGUCACCAACAUCUCCUUGGCAAAUAUAAUCAGACAGCUGAGUAGCCUAAGUAAAUAUGCUGAAGAUAUAUUUGGUGAACUUUUCAAUGAAGCACACAGUUUCUCAUUUAGAGUCAACUCCCUACAAGAACGUGUGGAUCGCCUAUCUGUCAGUGUUACGCAACUUGAUCCAAAGGAAGAAGAACUGUCAUUGCAGGACAUUACAAUGAGGAAAGCUUUCCGCAGUUCCACAAUUCAAGAUCAGCAGCUGUUUGACCGCAAAACUCUGCCUAUUCCUUUGCAAGAAACUUACGACAUUUGUGAGCAGCCUCCUCCACUUAACAUUCUCACCCCUUACAGGGAUGAUGGAAAAGAGGGUUUGAAGUUUUAUACCAAUCCUUCAUACUUCUUUGACUUGUGGAAGGAAAAAAUGUUGCAGGACACUGAGGACAAAAGAAAGGAAAAGAGGAAGCAGAAGCAGAAAAAUCUGGACCGUCCUCAUGAACCAGAAAAAGUGCCAAGGGCACCUCAUGACAGACGGAGAGAGUGGCAGAAGUUAGCCCAAGGUCCAGAGCUCGCAGAAGAUGAUGCUAACCUCUUACAUAAGCAUAUUGAAGUUGCUAAUGGCCCAGCUUCACAUUUUGAAUCAAGAUCUCAAGCAUAUGUGGACCAUAUGGAUGGAUCGUAUUCUCUUUCUGCAUUACCCUAUAGCCAGAUGUCUGAACUUCUGAACAGAGCCGAGGAGCGCGUGUUGGUCCGGCCACAUGAACCACCACCACCACCUCCCAUGCAUGGAGCAGGAGAUGUGAAACCUGUGCCUCCUUGUGUUAGUUCCACACCUGGCUUGGUAGAAAACCGGCCUCAAUCACCAGCAACAGGCAGAACACCCGUGUUUGUGAGCCCCACUCCUCCUCCUCCACCACCGCCACCUCUUCCAUCUGCUUUGUCCACUUCGUCAUUAAGAGCUGCAAUGACCUCCACUCCUCCCCCCCCAGUCCCACCUCCUCCACCCCCUCCCGCCGCUGCUCUGCAGGCUCCAGCCGUGCCACCUCCACCAGCUCCUCUCCAGAUAGCUCCUGGAGUCCUACAUCCAGCUCCACCUCCAAUUGCUCCUCCCCUAGCACAACCCUCUCCCCCUGUCACUAGAGCUGCACAAGUCUGUGAAGCUGUACCAGUUCACCCAGUUGCUCCCCAAGGUGAAGUACAAGGACUUCCUCCACCACCCCCACCUCCUCCCUUGCCUCCUCCUGGUAUUCGACCCUCCUCUCCUGUCACAGUUGCAGCCCUUUCUCACCCUCCCCCUGUUCUGCACCCUCCUCCCACAACCAUUGUCCCUGGCCCUCAUGCCCCCCUGAUGCCUCCAUCUCCACCAGCCCAAGUGAUUCCUGCUCCUGAACCCAAACGCCAUCCUUCAACUCUUCCUGUAAUCAGUGAUGCUAGAAGCGUUCUGCUGGAAGCAAUACGAAAAGGUAUUCAGCUGCGCAAAGUUGAAGAGCAACGUGAACAAGAAGCUAAACAUGAGCGUAUUGAGAAUGAUGUUGCUACUAUACUUUCUCGUCGCAUUGCUGUGGAAUACAGUGAUUCAGAAGAUGAUUCAGAAUUUGAUGAAGUGGAUUGGUUAGAGUAAAACUAAUACAUUGCUGUACACUACAAAAUCGAAUGCUAAUGUCCAUUGUGGUGCUUGUUCUUUGAAGGUUUGAUGGUCAUUUCUAGUGUUUUUUGUAUUCUUUUCUUUACAUAAUUAAUCCAUGUUUUUCUACUUUUCAGUUUACAAAAAACUCCUAGUGCAUCUUUGAAACUAAAUGUUUUACAGUGGCUUUUGUUACACAUCUUUUUUUUUUUUUUUUGAAGGAACAUACUUUGUUCCAAUAGACCACUAAGUAUUAAGCAUGGGCAGCUGUUGUUAGAGUAGCAGUUUCAAUUUUUUGGCAUAUCUUAACUGUGCACUUUGUGAAUUUUAAGUUAAUGAAGGCAACUGAGAUUGACAUUCCAAGGGCAGCUGUAUGUACUAAUGAGCCUUAUUCCACUUCUAGAAUGUUUUAAAAACAUUAAACCUAGCUAUCAAGCUAUCACUGCCUCAAUUACAUCUGUACACUAAAAGUACAUAUAGUUAGCAGCACUGAACACACUGAAAGGAAAAUGGAUUUGGGGGGGGGGGGGUUAUUAUUGUUUUAUUGUUGUUUUUAAAUAAUUAUGGCCUUAUUUGAAUGUUUAGAGAUUCCCUUUCCCUUCUUCCCUCCCAGGUACAUAUUGUGUGGUACGAUUUUUGCCUGCAUAAUAAAAGUUUAAUUUUUUUUUCUUUGUGAAAUCUUCUGACUUAAACAUGCUGUGUAACUUAUGUAACUGUUAAAAUAACAGUUUGAUUUAAUAAAUGGUUCAUUUUAAAUGUU